AUGGCGUCCAGCCUGCCGUCCGGCGCGGCGAACCGUCCCCACCAGCCAUUGCCCUUGAUUGUUGACGGCGAGGGCCAGGCGCCAGAGGCCAUCGCUGCGCGCAUGAAGGAGCACCUGGAGCGCAUGCAGCACCAGGCCAUCGCGACCCACAUCGAGCCCGUCACAUACGCGCGCGUCCGCACGCUGCUGCCCGGUGUGAAGUACCACGCGGGCGCCAAGUGCCUCAUGAUCAAGUCGGACGACGCGGCCCUGCAGCGCCUGCCGGGCACCGUCGGCGUUGUCGGCGCCGCCGCUGACGCGCAGGCCGUGGAGCAGGCCAAGCUGCUGCUGCAGCACCUGGGGGCGUUUGUCAUCGCCAAGGGCGGGCUCAGCGCCGCUAACAUGCAGAGCGUCAUCGAGGCGGCGCCCGCGCUGCAGGUGUGCGAUGUGGUGAUCGUCGUCGCCGGCGCCGACGCGGCGCUGCCCACCGCCGUGGCCGGCUUUGUCGACGCCCCGGUCCUCGCCGUCCCCACCUGCGGCCCCUGGUCGCCGCCCCGCGGCUCCGCGCCCGUCGCGGUCGCGGCCAGCGCGAGCGACGCCGCUGUCAUGGCGGCCCGCAUGCUGCGCACCGCGGCGCACCGCGCGCUUCACAUCGCCCAGUCUGCGGCCGCCACCGCGGCAGCUGCUGGGCAUGUGCGUGUGGAGGCCGCUGCGCACGCCCUGUGA